AUGGUUCGAUUCUCCAACGCACCGCGAAGAUUGACAACUAUUGAAUCUCGGAGAUCAAACGAUACCCGGACAAUGAUUUGUAAGUUCUGUGACAAGUCGCAAUCGGCUGCGUAUGUCUGCCCGCGCUGUCGUGCUCCAUAUUGCAGCGUAGCCUGCUACAAGUCCUCAGAGCACCUCCAAUGCAGCGAAAUGUUCUACAAAAAAUGCGCGCAGGAACAGCUGAAAGCCAAUGCUCCGCGAAAUUGUGAUUCGGAAAAGGUGAAGCGAGUUUUGCGAGAACAUCUCCAGGCAAAGCAGGAGGAGGACCACUUGGACUCCGAAUUCUCCGCCAGAUUCAGCAAUAUCGACAUCACUGAUGCCAAUUCAGUUCUAGAGGUGCUCACCGCGGAGGAGCGUCAAACAUUCUCGGAUUUACUGGCGUCCGAGCGUAUCUCGGAGCUUAUACCAGCGUGGAAACCGUGGUGGUUCGAGCGAAAGAAGUUGAUAGAAGAGAUGGAUGUCAAGAACAUUAAAGAUUCAGAGAAAGGAUACAGACCGCAGAGAAAAAUCCCUCGUCACAGGCUCGGCGGAAGGAAAGUUUUGUCGUUGGAUAAGUCGUCAUCACAACGGCCGCCGUCAACAGUUGAAUCCGCUAUAGCGACGACCCCCGACUCGAGAAAACCGUCGGUGAUUUCCCAACGAAUCAGGUCUUCUGAUGCAGUCGGCGAGAACCCGAAACGCACUUCGAUAAUCGACCCAAGAUACAAACCGAGAAAAACUUCCCCUUCUUUGGCGGGAACGACCAGCAGCGCUCAGGAUGCCGAGAUGGCGGAAGCGACGCCGGAGCCCCUUGCAUCUGCACCGCCAGCGUCCGUCGAGAAAAUUCUGAGGCUCGACGAUAGAAUUCCCCGUGGAACGGGCUCGAUCAGCCCCCUUCUCCGAGCAAGAUGUGCCAAUAUGUUGAAUUUGCUGUCCAGUUUCGCCUUCACAGCCAGAUACUACAAUGGAGAUCUCAAGGACCUCGCGGAAGAGGCCGGGAGUACCUUCUGCUCGAUUUGCUCGCUAUUCGAUCAAGUUGAAUGCCACGAGGUCCCCGUCGCCAUCUGCGACGUUCUUUCGAAGCCGAUCGUUGCUGCAAACGCUAACAGAGUAUCUCUCAUCAGAGACAUACGGCAAUUGUGCACCGAUAGAGCCUUUGUUCGGCGAGCUCUGAUGGAGAUCGGCAGCCUCCUGAAAGCUUUCGGCAACUGUUUGAUAGAUAAAUCUGACGUCGAUGCGAAGACUCAAAAGCAAAGAAUACAUAAAUUUAGAUAUAAGGUCCACUUCUACAUCGAUUGGAUCGACAGGAGUUUUGCCGAAUUCGAACAAUAUUCGAUGCCCCUCGUGGAAAUGUUUCUGACGGAGAAUGUUUUGAGCGAAAUUUCCGGGAAAGGUUUAAUCGAAAAUAAAACUUCAGCGCCUUAUCAUGAGUGUGCUCCUGCCGUCGAGCUGUCGAAAUUGCGCGGACCGAAAAAUACUGUUAAGAAAUGA